AAUGCCACGGUCCAACAACCCAGUACCUUAAUCUUGCAUCCCAAGUAAUAUGUAAAAUCUUCUAUCCAUUUUUAGUUACAUUAUUUACUCCGCAUUUUAAGUUUUUAACCCUUAUUUUAAAUUGGGGGUAAAGUCGCCGCAGAAAUCACCAGCACCGUCAAGAUCUCCCAUUUCUUUGUUUCUUGUCCUCAAAGACAGCAGCUUUAGUUUAUUUAUAUAUAUAUAAGGAUUUGUCUGGCAGCUGUUCUUCAUCCUCAAGAAAAUUCCCAGAGAAUGACCAUGAGAUAGGAACAAAAAAAAUCUUAUUUUUCUUCAGUUUCUCCCUGAAUAUCCAAGUUUUUUGCUUGGAUCUCUCAGCAUUGUGUGGGAGUUCAAUCCCAAUUUGGGGAUGGGGGAGCUAUUAGCUUAGAUGAUUGUAUUAUGCUUAAAUUUUCAUGGAAUUAGUGGUUGUCUGCAGCUUUAGUUUUGUGGGGAUUGAGGUUUCAGGAUUGCUUGAGGUGGUUUUUGAUAGUUUAUCAGUGAUAUGUUAGAUUGAGUGGAGAUUGUUGAAUCUAAUACUUGAAAUGGGUAUACAGGAAUAGGUAGAAGAAAGGAGAAUCUAUAGUGUUUUAGACCACAAUGCCGGUUGCGAGUGUUGCAGUAAGCCCUGUGGUUGAAGAACAUCGUAUGGAUCCACAUGAGCUACAGUUGAACGAAUCGAUUUUGAUUUACCUAACUGUUGGCGGGACUGUGUUUCCGAUGCAUGUUCUUGGGUCGGAUUCGAUUGCUUCUGUGAAACUUAGGAUCCAGAGGUACAACGGGUUCUUUGUGAAGAAGCAAAAGCUUGUUUGUGGGGGGAAAGAAUUGGCUCGGAGCAAUUCCCUAGUUCGGGACUAUGGUGUCACUAACGGGGAUGUAUUGCACUUGGUUCUCCGCCUAUCUGACAUACAAGCGAUCACUGUUGAGACUGUGUGUGGGAAGGUUUUCGAGUUCCAUGUGGAAAGAAAGCGAAAUGUGGGGUAUGUGAAGCAGCAGAUUGCUAGGCGGUGGGAAGGGCUGUUUGAUCUCAAGGAUCAGGAAUUGAUCUGUGAUGGCGAGGAACUCGAAGAUCAGAGGGUCAUAGACGAUAUUUGUAGAAGCAAGAAUGCUGUGCUUCACUUGUUGGUGCGUCGAUCAGUAAAAGUAAGGGCUAAGCCUGUCGAGAAAGAUUUUGAAGUUUCUAUUAUAGCCCGGGAAUCAGAUGAAAAGGUUGAUGAUAUCGUGGAAAAUCCCUCGGAGAAGCUUCGGGUUGUUGCUGUCAAACCCGUGCAACAAGAUUUCAUCUUGCAACCACUGACUAUUAACCCAGAGAUCACGCUAACACCAGAGAUUAAGCGGCUAAUUCGUGACACUUUUGAAGGUUUGAAGGGCGGUAACCAACCGAUUAGGUCUUCUGAAGGAUCAGGAGGGGCAUAUUUCAUGCAAGAUUUUUAUGGUCAUAGGUACAUCUCUGUUUUUAAACCAAUCGACGAAGAACCUAUGGCUGUAAAUAAUCCCCACGGGCUUCCCUUGUCGAUAGAUGGGGAAGGGUUGAAGAAAGGCACGCGUGUAGGGGAGGGGGCACUAAGGGAAGUCGCGGCUUACAUUUUGGAUCAUCCAAGGGCCGGACCACGCUCAAUCCAUAGCGACGAGAAGGGUUUUGCUGGGGUUCCCCCGACAGUAAUGGUCAAAUGCCUGCAUGAAGGGUUCAGCUAUUCACGUGGAUAUAAGUAUUCAUCUAACAACAUCAAAACCGGGUCGCUGCAAAUGUUCAUGGAGAACUCUGGAAGUUGCGAGGACAUGGGUCCCAGCGCUUUUCCAGUGGAGGAUGUACAUAAAAUCUCGGUGUUGGACAUACGGUUGGCAAAUGCAGAUAGGCACUCGGGCAACAUUUUGGUCCGUAAGGAUGGUGAAAAAGGGCAAGUUGUGCUUAUUCCAAUUGAUCACGGUUAUUGCUUGCCCGAAAGUUUUGAAGAUUGUACAUUUGACUGGCUUUACUGGCCUCAAGCAAAGCACCCGUAUUCACCCGAGACAGUCGCCUACAUAAACAACCUCGAUGCUGACAAGGACAUCGAGCUUCUCAAGUUUCACGGGUGGGAACUUCCUCUUGAAUGUGCACGAAUACUUCGUAUCUCCACUAUGCUUCUGAAAAAAGGCGCGGAGAGAGGGCUUACCCCUUUCGCCAUCGGGAGCAUCAUGUGCAGAGAGACAAUAAAGAAGAAAUCCGUGAUCGAGCAGAUUGUUGAAGAAGCGCUCGAGGCCAUUCUCCCCGAGACAAGCGAGGCAGCAUUCCUCGAAUGCGUUUCAUCAAUCAUGGACCGCCGCCUCGAGGAGCUGCCAGAGUCACAGAAGAAGUAAAUUAAACAGACAAGUACUAAGAUAGAUAGCUUAUGCAUAUGUUUUAACUUAUUGUGGGUGAAGGAUAAACAGUAAAUAGUAGUGUUCCAUGCUUUCACCUGUAUAUUGUGCUCAAGAAUUGUUCAUUUCUAGUGUCUGAAAUGUCAUAUGUAUUCAUCUGUCCAACAAUAAAUUUUUUCAGGUCAUUCAGUAUGUAAGCUCAUCCUCAUACUCAA